CCGGUCUUUUCGUUUAUCUCUGUCGCUCUCUCUUUGCUACUGAUUAUGAACUCCACUGUCUAUGCGGGCCAAUCUCGCCUUGAGCAGACGCCUGCUCAACAGACAACCUUCUUUCGCAUUCCCUUCUCUCCUUAUGACCCGCCAAACGACUUCAUUCCCUUGUACGCUUGCCGUCGUCGUUCUUCUGAACCUUCUCUAUCUUCAUGGGGUGCUCCCCCACCAUCCUACGAUGAUCUGAUGAAGACGGUAGAUUAUCGUCACAUCGACCGGACGCCACGCUUUCGAUCAACCGCGGCCUUGUCAGACAUUCUCGAGGAAGAGGUCAUGGAGGUCAUCAUCUGCGACAUAGUUCCGCCCUCACCUACCGUUAUCUCGUCUUCGAAAUCCACCUCUACUUCAUCUUCGUUUCGCAGUAAUAUAAGGCGAUCAAUUGUCUCUGAAAAGCUUCUCAGUCUCGUUCAUUUGUUGCGUACAAAAUACAAGAAACGCCGACCCGUGCUUGUCACGAACGACGGCUCGAAGGACGGCCUAGACCUCUUCGACUCUUAGACAUCACCGCUUACAAUUUGCUUCGGCCUCCUCCGCUCCCUCUCUCCCUGUCAUCGUCACCUAUUAUCUUGUAAUCAUCGCGUUGAUCGCCCCAAGUCUUGAACCAACCGGUUGUCGUCUGUAUCAUUAGUAGGUUAGGUGUUCCUGUGGGAUUUUUGAAUGUUGACCUGUAUUGUCCCAAGCACUCUGAGUAUAGCAUACA